CAUUGUCUGCAUAGUUUCUAUAUGCUAGAUGAAUGCACAAACACGGAAUGAGGCUACUCAUGAAAGCCUGACGCUGUUUUUCACAAAACUCAACAGAGAGAGAGAGAGGUGUACGAUUUCCUGCAGACUCAGAGGACGAUAUCAGCUCUUAGCUGUGGUUUGCUGUUUUAAUCUAAAUGGAUUAUGUUACGCAAAGGCUUUCUUCAUUUCUACGUUUCUUUGAACGUAUUUUGUUCUUUAUUGUGAGUUCGUGUUAACUGAAAAAAAAAUUUUUACUAUAUGACUGUUUUGUUUUGAUUUAUUGCAUAGUAGGUUUGUCGAAUAUUAAUUAUUGGAGCCACAUUAUGAAAUUCAACGGAUAUAUGAGGCUGCGUAUCGGGGAGGCGGUGGAUUUAAAACCAACAACUUCUUCAACUCGUCACACCCUUCAAAAGAAAAUCACCCUGGAUCCUUAUAUCGUUGUUAAAGUUGAUAAUCUGAAAGUUGCACAGACCGCAACAAAAUCGAAGACCAACAGACCGACCUUCGAUGAUGAAUUUCGCCCAUACAUCUCGGACGGCAAGGAGCUGGAACUGGCUGUGUUCCAUAACACUACUAUAGGCUACGACGACUUUGUCGCCAAUUACAGAAUCCAGCUUGAUGAACUGAUAACGUCGUCAAACACAAGACAGACGUUUGAAGGAUGGGUGAAUCUGGAACCAGAGGGAAGUGUCUAUAUCACCAUCUCUCUCACAGGCUCCUUUACAGAUGAUGAAGCUGUGAAUGGAAUGAAGCUGAGACACCAUAAAACGUUUACUAGAGAAAGGCAAAAAGCUUUGAAGAAAAGAAAGGUCCAUCAAGUGUGUGGACAUAAGUUUAUGGCAACCUUCCUUCCCCAGCCUACUUUUUGCUGCCAUUGCAAAAACUUCAUCUGGGGUGUUUUCGGAAAGCAAGGUUAUCAGUGUCAAGUGUGUGCAUGUGUGGUUCAUAAGAGGUGUCAUGAUUUGGUUGUCACUGAAUGUACACGUAUGAAGAAAGAUUCAAAUGAGGGCCAAAGACAGGGCUUUGGCAUCAACGUUCCCCACCAGUUUAGAGAACACACCUACAAAGUUCCCACAUACUGUAACCACUGCGGCUCUUUACUUUAUGGCCUGAUGAAACAGGGUAUCCAAUGCAAGAGUUGCAAGAUGAACAUUCACAAACGCUGUGAAGCGAAUGUGGCACUUAACUGCGGGGUGAACAGUGCUGAGUUGGCCAGCAAAUUGUCAGAGAUUGGAAUGCUCAACACGCUUUCCAAACAAAAGUCUCAGAGUUCUCUGCACAUGACAGGAAUGGGAUUUCAGAACUCAAUUAAAAGCGUACAGACAACCUUUGAGGAGCCAGUGGAAGAGACUGUUAAAGUUGUUCUGGAAGACUUCAGUUUUUUGCAGGUGUUGGGAAAAGGCAGCUUUGGCAAGGUGAUGUUGGCUCGUCUAAAAAGUGACCACAGGGUGUUUGCUGUAAAAAUGCUGAAAAAGGAUGUCAUACUGCAAGAUGAUGAUGUGGAAGCCACCAUGAUUGAGAUGAGAGUGCUGACUCUGGCCCACCAGCAUCCAUUUCUUACACAGCUCUACUACUGCUUUCAGACUGCGGAGCGGUUAUUCUUUGUCAUGGAGUUUGUGAAUGGUGGUGACCUCAUGUUCCACAUCCAGAAGUGCAGGCGUUUUGAUGAGCCACGAGCACGGUUUUAUGCAGCAGAAGUCAUUUCGGCCCUUAUGUUCCUUCACUCCAAAGGCAUCAUUUACAGGGACCUUAAACUGGACAAUAUUCUCCUGGACAGAGAUGGCCACUGCAAACUGGCAGAUUUUGGCAUGUGCAAAGAGGAUAUACAUGAUGGAAAACUCACUAGUACCUUCUGUGGGACUCCAGAUUAUAUUGCACCUGAGAUUAUCCUAGAGGAGCUGUAUGGUGUAUCAGUGGACUGGUGGGCUCUGGGUGUGCUGCUUUAUGAGAUGCUGUCAGGUCAUGCUCCAUUUGAAGCUGAGACUGAGGACGAGCUGUUUGAGUGCAUCCUCAAAGAUGAGGUCAUUUAUUCAUCCUGGCUCAGCAAUGAGGCAGAGGACAUCAUUAGAGGAUUACUCACCAGAGACCCAGCUUGUCGGUUGGGCUGCAUGGAUAGAGAUGGAGGAGAGGGGGCCAUCACUGCACACUCAUUCUUCACAGGACUGGACUGGGAGAAGCUGAACAGACGAGAGAUCACACCACCUUUCAUACCUCGAAUAGAUUCUAUUGAGGAUGUGCACAAUUUUGACCCUGACUUCACUCAAGAGGAGCCCUGUCUUACACCCAUUGAGGACAGUAUUUUCCAUAUCCACCAGGACGAUUUUAAAAACUUCACCUACACAGCUCCAGAGCUGCGACUGCAAUAACAUCAACUGUGGUUUAUUUAUUUUUCAUACAUAGAUUAUAUGUUACUUUCCCUAAAUAACUCCUUCUAGCAAACUUCUUGUGAUACAUUCUGUUGACCAACUGUUGACAAGUCUGUCAAGAAUAUGGACAUGUUUCAGACUAGAAGAAGAAUACUCCAAUACUCCACAGAUCCAUCCAGACUAAAGGAUUAUUCAUAAACUGAUGCUUUUUUCAAUGUUUUUAUCGGCAUAAAUGUACAAAGUCUAUCUUGCAUUGUAUUACUAGCAUGAUAAUGUGCAUAUUCAUGUUGCCAAGUGCUUUGCCUUUUAACUUUAUGGUAAGCUUGGGAACAAAUUCACAGCAAGUAGCUUACGUUGAGCAGUUACAGUAUACUGUAAGUCAGUAUAAUGAGUUGUUAAGUUAUGUGACGUGUUGUUAAGUAAUUCCAAAUCUAAAGUCUAUAUGAUGAACUUGGAAAAUCCUUUUGUAACAGGCAAUAAGAGACUAAUUUAGUUGACCUAAAGCACAUGUGACAACACAUAUCACCUUUCCAGUUCAUUGAAUAAUGAAUCAGGGGCGCUGAGGUGUGAGAUAGAAACAUGAAACUGUCAUGAGAAAAAAAAAAACAACAAAAAAAAAAAACAACAUAUGCUUUACACCUCAAAGACCAAACAGGGCUCUGGUCAUGUCACAUUUCUCUGUAGACAUGGAAAUCAACCAUGAAUAAUUUAUUACCCUUGAUUCAUUUGUUGUUCUCACAAGCGUAUCCUGUAUUUGAAGCAGAUUUUAUACACUGAUAAUAUACCAUAUACUAGUGCUACACACAGUUAAUGGGUUAAGAUGCUUUUAUGAGCAUAAAAUAUUUCACUUCAGGUCAGUUCAACGCUGCCAACUCACUUCUGUUUCAUUAAGUAGUUUAUACAACGGCACUUAAGACCCCAUUUUUUGGGGGGGAAUUUGGUUGUAGUGAUUAUUGUUUUCUAUUCAAGCAUUCUCUUGUCUGAAAUGUGACAUUAGCCAAAAAGGGUUUUUACGUACUUGGCACAAACCAGUUGUAACUGGAAACUCGGUAGCUGACACAUUUUUCUUUGGCAUUUUACUGGCAGACAAUAGUAGUGAUAGUGAGGUAAAUAAUGACUAACCCGUUUUAGAAAUAGUGAAGAAUGGUCUGCUUAUUUAUUGUCAAGCUAUUUAUUUUGGACUAUUGCGGGUUUAAUACAGGUUAGGAUCAAUCGACAAAAUUUGUCAAAUUGGAUAUAACUUCAGAUAGAAAAGAUCAGUAAGUUAUUAGAUUAGUAAGCUGUUGACAUAUUUUAACUUGGCUCCAUUCACUUCUACUGUAAGUUUCUCAGUUACAAUGUAAAUAUUUUGAUAUUGUUACCAGGAGCAUUUUCAUGCAGGUGGUAUGAUGAAAUACACUCCAAACUGAAUUCUCAGUGACGAUGUGUGAAAAGUUUUGACUUGUAGUCAGGUGCUCUAGUGAUUUUCCCAGUUAGGCUUGUGGUUUGAAACUGCCAAAAACCAGCCAUGUCUGGUUGGGAGGUGUCUUUAUGACUCAAUCCAUUCAUUGAGUCAACACUGCUGAGAAGUUCAUCGGGUUCCUCCAGUGAAUAUGUGCCAAAGGUAUUGCAUUUAUUUUAUGCGGUUCAGAUUCAAAAAUAAUGGUCUUGGCAAGCAGACUAAGCGCUUACUGGAAUUGAAGUGUUUCUCAGUCUCUGCUAAAUCAGUUCAAAGGUUAUUCUGUAUACUGCAGGGUUCCAGUAGAAUUUGCCUGUUCACUUUUACACAAUCAGAAAUAAUGUUCACAUGAUUAACUAUUAAAAACCAACAUUUUUGUCCCACUGGCUUGUUGGGAACAUGUGAGUUUGGAGUUGAAAUUAGCAAGUCCUGCUCUGCCGGUGGUCCAUGGAAAAACACUGCUGAUGAUGUGUGAUAUCAGCUGCUGACUCUUCAGUCCCAACUGGAAAAGAAAUGCUUUUUGAAGAUUUGCUGGAUCUCAGAGAUGGACAUAAUGUGAUGAUAUUUUUAGAAUUGGAGCAGAACAGUUCAUAUAUGGCAUUUUAUCUUACAUCAGUAUUUCCUCAGUUUCCUUCCAUGGAAUUUGACUCAGACUCUGAUAGUCUGUAAUUUGGGUCUUGGGCUUCAUGCUACAAGAUGCAGCUGGGAACACAGUAUUUACUGUGCAAUUUUGCAGCUGAUUGCUUUUGCUGUAGCAUUCCCAGCAGCAACCUGUAAUUCCUCUAAUCUUUCCUGAAUGACAGAGAGAAGACAACUGCUUAUUUAUAGAGCCUUAAAGCCCUUCACAACCCACUUUGACAGGUGAAAGAGUUUAACACCUGCUAAAGUAUCUCCUUUACUUGAAGAUUUAAUCAAAGCUGUCAGGUGCUGGAAGACUGAAACUCUUUUAAAACAGCAAAUGACAAUCUUCAGCAUCAGCAAACAGACAUAAAAGCUCAAAUCUUCUCUUUCAUAACUGGAUUAAGAACAUUUAUCAAUCUUUACACUGUAAGAUUUGUGUAUGAAACUACAGAAUUGUGCAAGUCUGACUGACAAUAAAGACAUGUUUUUGA